GAAAAUUUUGGUGUGGUUUUAUAAAUUAUUUAUAUUGACGUACGUAUCUUAUAUUAUGGAUGCUCAUAAGAAAAAAAGGGCGGAAAACUGGAGUCCCGAAGAAAAAGAGGUAUUUAGAGAUAUAAUUGCCCAAGCGGCACAUAUCAUUGAAAAUAAAUCAAAUCAUACAUCCAUAAAUAUGGCGAAAACCAAGGAGUGGAAAAAUAUAACUAGAAAAUUAAAUGAACUAACGGGAAAGGGAAGGGGAGAAUCAGAAAUAAAAUUAGCCUGGAAGAGGAUGAAGCUGGCGGCCAAGGCCAACGUGUCUGCACACAAGCGGGCACAAACAGCAACGGGAGGAGGUGAGAAGCCACCUUCACCUUCCGCAGAGGACCUGGAGGUGAUGGCCAUCGCUCCUCAAGAUUUUAUAAUCACUUAUAAUGAUUAUGACAGUGAUGCCAUGAUUCCACCAGUGCCAGAGCAAGUUCCAUCAGUGCCAGGGCAACCUUCACCAGUACGACCUUCACCAGUGCCAGUGCCAACACCUGGCACUAGUUCAGAACUAGAUACUCAAAUAUUAAUUGUAGAGGAGCCAGAAGAACCUAACUAUGUGGCACCUGGGGUAUCUGAAAGCAGGGCCAAGAAAAUAAAUUUAAAAAAAAAAAAUAUCAGUGUCCAACAGGCCAUUCUGGACAGCAAUGCUAUAAUGAAAAAAAGGCAAAUGGAGAUGAUGGAAGAGGAGCACGAAUUAAAAAAAACUUUAUUAAAAUUGAAAAUUAAAAAAAUUCAAUUGGAAUUAAGUUUACUGGAAGGGAAGAGAACAUAGUGUACUGAACGAAGAAGCUAAUUAUAUUCUCUGUCUCAACUCUCAAGUGGAACCUUUGUGCAUAUCAAUCCAAGAACUCAUUGGUCAGCGCCAGGAUUCGAAACCACAUCUUUGCCAUGAGAAGGCCACUUACUAAUUUAAG